AUGCUGCUGCUGCUGCUGCUGAUGGCCCUGCUGUGGUGGAGGGAAGGGGCCGAGGGAUGGGGAGAGCUGGAAGAGGGUUACCAGCUGCAAGUGCAGGAGUCAGUGACGGUGCAGGAGGGCCUGUGUGUGUUUGUGCCCUGCUCCUUCUCCUACCCUUGGAGUCGCUGGAGCAGCUCUACCCCAGCUCAUGGCUACUGGUUCCGGGAAGGGGCCAGAGUUGACGAGGAUGCUCCUGUGGCCACAAACAGCCCAUAUCGAGAAGUGGAGGAGGAGACCCGGGGCAGAUUCCGUCUCCUUGGGGACCCCCAGAGAUACAAGUGCUCCCUGGACAUCAGAGACGCCAGGAGGACAGAUGACGGAAAAUACUAUUUUCGAGUGGAGACAGGAAGUGUGAGAUAUUCUUACACAAGUAACCAGCUCUCUGUGCAUGUGACGGCCCUGACCCACACACCUGAUAUCUUCAUCCCGGAGACCCUGGAGUCAAGCCAGCCCAGGAACCUGACGUGCUCUGUGCCCUGGGCCUGUGAACAGGGCACGCCCCCCAUCUUCUCCUGGAUGUCGGCUGCCCUCACCUCCCCAGGCCCCAGGACCCGCUUCUCCUCUGUUCUCACCCUCACUCCACGGCCCCAGGACCACGGCGCCAUACUCACGUGUCAGGUGACGUUCCCCACAACUGGUCUAACUGUGGAAAGGACCAUCCAGCUCAAUGUCACCUACUCUCCACAGAACUUGACCGUCACUGUCUUCCAAGGAAACAGCACAGCACCCACAGUCCUGAAGAACGGCUCAUCUCUUUCAGUCAUAGAGGGCCAGUCCCUGCGCCUGGUCUGUGUUGUCGACAGCAAUCCCCCAGCCAGGCUGACCUGGGCCCAUGGGAGCUGGAUCCUGAGUCCCUCACAGCCCUCAAACGGUGGGGUCCUGGAGCUUCCCCAGGUGGAGUCAGGGCAUGAAGGUGAAUUCACCUGCCAAGCUGAGCACACUCGGGGCUCCCUGCAUGUAUCCCUGAGCCUCUCUCUGCAGAGAAAAGCGUGUCCUUUAUCAGGAGUGGCGCUGGGUGCAGUCUGGGGAGCAGGUGCUAAGACUCUGCUCUUUCUGUCCUUCUGCAUCAUCGUCAUCAUAGUGAGGUCCCGCAGGAAGAAAGCAGCAAGGCCAGCAGUGGGCAUGGAGGAUACAAGCAUGGAGGGUGCUAAUGCAGUCACAAGGUAAGUCUCUCAGUGAGGUCCCAUGAUUGAAUCCCAGGAGAGCAGCUUACCAGACCACCCUCCCCCAGAUGUGUCUGCCCCCUGCUCAGGGGAGGAAGAACAGCUCCAUUAUGCAUCCCUCAGCUUUCAUGGGAUGAAGCCUCGGGAUCCACAGGAACAGGAGGCCACUGAUAGUGAGUACUCAGAGAUCAACAUCCACUAG